CUAGCAAUUGACGGAAUAUCCCGACAGCUGUCGAACUUGGAACCUCGCGCUGAUGGUCCAAGCACAAGUCCCCACGCAAUUUUCCCGAUGGGAAGUUUCAAGAGUCCACAUGCGCACGGAACAUUCAGCACUUCAAAGAAGAGCCCCGCCUCCAGCCGUUCUAUUCUGUUUUCUUAUCUAGGGCUACAGUGAAAAAGAAACAGAGACCCGAAGUAACGAAAGGAAUCACUGAAGCGAAGGUGUUGGACCGACUGCAAGCUGCUCCGCCUUUUUCUUUCCCUCUUCAGUGAAAUAUGCCUCUCACCCUUACGUUUCGAAAUUUUCGUCAAAGGGUUGCACAUACCAGUCGCGCGCAUCUCUCUCAGUCAGUUGAGAUAGUCCGAUGCUGUCGUAUUAUCGUACAGGAUCAGGAUUUAGCAGUCUCUGCUGACGGGGCUGACAUCGUCGAGAAGGUUUUGAAUCGAGCGCUUUCAGCACUCGAUGUAGCAAGUAAUAAAGAGGUGAAAGACGCGGACACCAUUUCAGGGGCUUAUGAGGAAGCCGUCACUGCCAUCUUGUCAGUGAAAUCGAAGACCUUUGACCCCAAUAGUCUAAAUAUUCGGGCGCGUAUGACAAAUGCGAGAAGCAAAGACGAAGAGGUCCAGUCUAAAAAAUCUUCGAUAUUAACAAAGCAUUCAAAUCGGUCGAAAGGUUCCGCCCCCGAUAAAUCCCCACGCGUCAAAGUCGAUAUCAGGGUGCGGGAGGAUAUUAAAGAUGAGAAAAGUCAAAAGAUCAUUCCUCUGCUUGAUGGAUGCAGAGAAACUGAUACUCUGAAUAUAGUUCUGCUGUUGAUGGGACUCCGAAACGGACCUAAACUGCAAGACAAUCCCCAUUUCUAUGACUGGACUUUGGCCAAAGACCAAUUGGAUGCCAAAAACUUUCACAGAAGCGCUCUUCCUUUUGAUAUCGUCCUCCAUGAUAUCCCGCACCCUCCAGAUUUCUUGGUGCUUUACUGUCUCCAUGAUCACAAAUCCAAGAAUGUCCUUUUACUCAAAUCUGUUGACACACAGAAAUCUUUUGCUAAUAUCUGGCAAGUCGAUGUGAACAAAUUCAUCUUGAAAGGUAUCCUCGCUUUUCUAUCCGUAACACGCUGUUUGAGCGUUUCUCUUUAGAAACCAUCGGAGAUCUUCACUCGGCGAACUGGAUAUCUAGCCUAGACUCAAUUUCCAAUGUCAAAAUCGUCAAAAUGCUUCGACAUCAGAACUCUGAAGGAAGUGAAGUGCGAAGGGAUACGUGGUUAGAAUUGUUCCAAGAGGUCUACGAAGCUU